GCCUCUACAGAACUAAACCAGAACCAGGAAUGCACAAUUCUUCUCAACUCAACUCUCCCUUAUCUUCUUCCGAUGAUGUCGCGGCUCUAGCGUGAAGCUGUCUGUGAAGAUUGAAAAAAUUUAAAAUUAUCUAAAAAGAAUCGGUAUAGUAAGUGAUUAAAAAUGCCUCGUGUGCCAACUGUACAUAGUAAAACCUAUGUAACACCACGACGACCUUUCGAAAAGGAAAGAUUAGAUCAAGAAUUAAAGUUUAUUGGUGAUUUUGGAUUAAGAAACAAGAGAGAAGUCUGGAGAGUUAAAUAUACUUUGGCUAAGAUUAGGAAAGCUGCUCGUGAAUUGUUGACUCUCGAUGAAAAAGAUACUAGGCGUCUAUUUGAAGGUAAUAGGCAAAACAUUUUGUUUGGUAUUUGGUAUGAAAGCAGAAUGAAGCUCGAUUAUGUGCUUGGUCUGCGGCUUGAAGAUUUCUUGGAAAGACGCUUACAGACUCAAGUGUUCAAGCAGGGUCUUGCAAAGAGCAUUCACCAUGCUAGAGUUUUAAUUAGACAAAGACAUAUUAGGGUCAGAAAGCAGGUUGUAAAUGUUCCCUCCUUCAUUGUCCGUUUGGACUCGGAGAAACACAUUGACUUCUCACUGAAAUCACCCUUUGGUGGUGGGCGUCCUGGCCGUGUGAAGAGGAAAAACACAAGGAAGGCUGCAGGUGGAACAGCCCAAGAGGAUGAGGAAGAAGAUUAAUUGUUUUGUUCUAUUCUAAUAAAUCUACCAAUCCAA